AGUAGGUAAUGAAUUAGGGGUUUAGGAUAUUGUUAUAUCAUAAUGGACCAACCAACGCAACGACAAAUUCGAUUAAUGGGGGGGCGUUCAAACCCUUUCCAAACACUGAUUGCUUUAUUUGUAACUGCGGUUUUUUUCAUGAUGUUUCAGGCAAGCAUUUUGAAGAAUUUGCAACGGUCACAACAGAUGCUUUUGAACAGUGGCAGUGAAACUCAUAAUAAGGGGAAAUAUUCUAACAUGCAUGUUGUGAGUCCACCAGAGAUACAUCGAAACAUAAAUCCAAAGUUUGCCCAAAAACUUGCGAAAGAAAUAGGAAUUAAAGUGAAUGGGACAAUUUUAAGAGGUGUAAAAGUUGACCACAGAAAGUUUUACGUUCCAUCAAAGGAAGGAUUAUUCACUUGUUUUGCCGGUAACCAGAGCGUUCCAUGGUCAGCAGUUAACAACGAUUAUUGCGACUGUGAAGAUGGAAGUGAUGAACCAGGAACUUCAGCUUGUAAAAACGGAAAGUUUUACUGUGAACCUGAGCACCAAUAUUUACCCUCAUCUCGUGUUAACGAUGGUAUAUGUGAUUGUUGCGACGGUAGUGACGAAUGGAAAGGCGUUACCGUGUCUCCAGACCUUAAACUACCCGUUUCAGAUGAUGUACAGCUUGCCCCAUGUCGCGACACCUGCAUGGAUUAUGAGCAUACUAAGAUGAGAGAGAAUAAUAUAAUACAUGAAGGAUCAGUGGCAAGGCAAGCUUAUGUUGAACGUGGGGCAUCUCAUGCACAUGAAGGGAAUUUUGGCGAGCAAGGUGAGUUCUACACCCUCAGCACUGAUUGCUUUGUUUUCAAAUCUCCCGGUUACAUGUACGAGGUUUGCCCUUACCAUAAUUCAACGCAGAAUGGUAAAGACAGUUGGUUAAUUGGAGCUGGUGGAAAACUUGAAGGCAACCAGAAUGAAGGUUUUAGAUUAGUGAUGGGUAAUGGUAGAGGUGACCAUUGCCCUGAUGGCAAGAAAAGAACAACUAUUAUAACAUUCAAGUGCGGUUCAAUGGACAAAAUCAAAUAUGUUUCUGAAAAAGAAACGUGUAUAUACGUCGUUAAAUUUGACACUCCUGCUGCUUGCCCUCCAUUGGACGAAACGUGACCUUGAGUAACCUGUAGCUAAGAAUGACCUAUAGUAACUCUGUUGCGGAUCCAACUGCAUCUGUUUAUGCCACUGGACCCUUAGUCUUACAUUAAACCAUCCAAAUAAACAGUGCAAUUUUGGGUUCAAUUUAUUUAAUUCAUAAAAUUGUCUUGUUGGUUCAGGUAGUGCUGUGAUGUGUUUUCUUAGUUUUUUUUCCGUAGAUGUAUGCAUUUAUUUAAAUAGAAUUUAAAUUUUUAGUUUUUUUUAACAUAUUUAAAGCUGGGUUUUGGUUGUGAGUCUUGUGACCAACUAGAUUGCAAUUCUGGUAGCUCCAAAAAUAAUCCAGGUUUUCAGAACAGAUUCUUAAUCAGAACACAUUUUGAACAAUAAAUUUUAUUGCAUUAUUAUCUAAGUUAACUUAUAGUCCUUGACUGUGUUAUAAACCCAGCUCUAAUUAUAUUAAUUGACACAACCUGUACUUGUAAUCCAAUUUAAAUUUUUUUUUAAACAUUCUGUUCCAUAAAAAAUUUCCAAUGUUCUUCACUUCUUUCAACUGCUUUUUUUUCCUAAGAAAUUGAAAGUUUAUGGAAAUGAUGCUGAGUCAAAUUAUGCUUACUGUUAUAAAAUAUUGCUCUACUAAAAAUGCUGUCUUAAUCUUUAUAAGCCUAAAACAAAUGUAUAUUGUUUAUUCUGCUGCUAUUUCUACCAGGCAUACAUAUUUUAGGAGAUGGUUUUCGGGCAAAAAUAUAACAAAACGGUAAUCUAUUUGCCAGACUUGGCAAAACGUUAUUAUCAAUAAAAAUGCAUGAUUUUUUUCGGAAACUAUUUACCACUAUAUUCUUGAUAUGAAGCGUUUUAAUUGGAUUUUAACUUCUUCUCAUACUUGGAGUAACAGAAUUUUCUAUGCAUUGAUUUCAAUAAAGGAUUUAUGUUUGUGUACAUUUUAAUUUAAAUGAUAUUGUACUGUGGGACACAAAUUAUGUUCUGAUUUAUUUGACUUUACAGAAUUAAACAGUUUUUGUGUUAUAAUAACACUAAGGCAAAUCUUUUUUCAAAG